UUAGGAUUCAUCAUGUCCUUCUCAGGCCAUCCCCCAAAAAGCAGCAAAAGACCUUUUCCAAUGGAAAAUAUUAUGCCCCCACAAGUUCUACGAAACAAUUACUUGCAUUUUCUGGAAGAAAAGCAAAAACUCCAGCUAAAGAAAUUCCUUCUUGAUAGGAUGUUCCUAGUGGCCAAGACAAAAGACAACGUAGAAAAGAAAGAUGUCACUGAAUACUAUGAACAAUUGUUUCAGUCAAUUGCAAAACCGUACGCAAGCGAAGCAGUAACAGGAUUACUGCUCAUAUAUCGUACUUUCAUUCUGCAUAUCCUUGAGUCCUCCAGUGGUACUCUUUAUCGUAUUCUUUCAGAUUAUAUUAACCAUAAAAAGAAGGGAGGAAACUAUUUUAUCCAAGGAAUGAAAAUUAUCGUCAUGUCCCAUAACAUCCCAACCAGGAUCUUCAUGCAAUGGCAUGUCAUCGUCAUAAAAGUGCCGGUCAUGUAUCUUGAUGAUGUGACACAGUCACAGUCCCUGAGAGAGGUCAUCACAGAGUUUCUCACCCAAACUCAUAAACUAGCACUCUACUUUUUCAAGACUCUUAAAGUGGGCGCAAAGGGACCCAGCGAGAACUUGCACCAACCUGCACCUGAAUUACUCCUCCCAGAACAAAUAAUUAAGUAUUUAUACGAAUCUGAAGAAUUCAUUGACCCAGAAACUUUCAUAAACAUGUAUAAUAGACCCAUUCACAUCACUUUUGAUACUGAAGUGGUAUGGCCUGCCCCUUCCCGUUUCUAGAACUGGAAGUGAUGGAAAGAAGCUGAAGGAGACUAAAAGCAGAUGUGAGAGAUGUGGUCAAAUCUCCUAAGGAAUCUGUGCUACUUCAAUAAAAAGGACAUAUUUCUAUUUAAAGUUACUCAUCUCUCUAAAAGAAGAAACAGAACACCACAAUAUACACAAAGAUAAAGAUUCUGAGACCCAAGGACAUCACAUGUUUUUCCAACAGUAAAAGCAGAGUUAAUAACAGUAGUCUCCUCUUUCUACUUCACCAAUUUAAAUAAUUAAUUGUGAUCCUGGUUAGAGGUCUGGACUUAAUUCUGUGUUCUCUUCACCACUACACCAUAUCCUCCUGUGCUCCAGUCCUCAUGCAGUGCCUGCUUGAGACAUCCCACUAGAUUUCCACAUGGAUCUCCAUCUCCAAAUGCUCAGAUAGAAUGUGUCAUUCCUGCCACUACUGUUCCUUCCAUCUGCUCCCCCGCUUGCACUCCCUGUUACUAUAAAACAGACCACUCUCCACACAGUUGCCAAGUCAGAAACCUGAACAGUGUCUUCAUUUCCUCCUUUUCUUUUGAUCACUGGCAGCCAAUUGAUCCAAGCCCACCCAUUUUCCAUGGUAAGUAUUUCUCAUACCUUCCCUUGUUUCCAUGCCCACCUUCCUCCACCUUACUCACUCCAGUCUCCUCUUCCUCCUCUCUCUCUAUCUAGUCCAUAUACUAUUUCUAUCAAAGGUAAAGGCAGUAGAGUGUAAGGUGUAAGAAAACCACCUCUGAUAUCCAAUUGCUCCACUGGAACCUGGCUCUGUAACUUUUUUAGAGCUGUAAUGUUUUUUGUUGUGUUUAUUUCUCACCUUCCUGCCCCUGGGUUUCCUCAUCUACAAAUGGAUGUGAUAAAAAUGUCUACAUUAUUGGCUAUGAGCUUUGCAUGAAACAAUGGUGUAAAGAUCCUGGC